GACAAACCGACAGGUUGCAUUAUUAUUGUUUUUACUAUUUUUAUACGUAGAAAGCCGCCAACAGAGACUAUAUUGGACGCCACAGAUUAACUAUCAGCUUAUUAUAGGUAUUAAAAUCGUACUGAUCUUUUAAAAAAAGAAUAAAUGAUUGCAUCAGGAAUUACCCUCGGGAAUGAUGUUUCCAAAGCUAUGCAUGAUGUCCGCAUGAAGCACACCCGUUACGCCGUUUUUUCCAUCAACAGCGAUGGGAAAGAAAUCGUGACCACAAAAGUGGGACCCCGUGAGGCUACUUAUGACCAAUUUAUUGAACAAAUCAAUCUGAACGAACCUUGCUACGUAGCAUUUGAUUAUGAGUAUGUUGAUGGGCCCUUAAUCAGCAAGCUACUCUUGAUUCUGUGGAUUCCUGACACCGCGAAGCCGCGCAUCAAGAUGCUCUACAGCUCCAGCUUUGAUGCGUUUGCUUGCGCGUCCCAGGGGUUCAUGCGGGUUCAGGUGAAUGAGGCAGCCGGGCUGGAAAAGUCAGAGAUAGUAAAAUAUAUUAAAUCUCAUUCCCUCUUGAAAGUUAGUUGAAAGCUUCAGCCAUAUAAAGUAUGAAUUCUAAACUUCCUAGUACGUCUUAUUGACAUUAAAAUGAUGGAAUAACUUCCAAAUAAAUUUAAGAAGCAUUCAAUACAUAAACAAUAUAUAGGGAAAGGGUCAAACUAAAAAGGAGGAAAGAAAAUAUUCCUGGGGUAUUUCUCCCAAUAAGUACCCUCCGAAUAAUUGUGGAUGUGAAGAGUGGAAGAACAUGUAUAUAUGUAUAUCUUCAUGGUAGUAGUAUGGAAAAAAGAAAAAUCAAGCACGAAGUAAAUCCACACAUGUAGUUAAGGUCAGAAUUGUGUGCAUGGUUCUGAAUUAGGCCCUUAGCUUUCAUUAAUUGCAUUCGAGCGAAUUUUAUCUCACACUGGAAGAAGUCAAUGAAAGUCAAUAUUUUUCUGCUUAAAUUGACUGAAAAGAGUUAGUGUAUGUGAAAAAUGAUGGAUGGAGAUGUGAUUAUCGUGGUGUGUUAUUUUAUUCCUUCAACUCACUUCAGUUCCUUUGUUUCUUUAAAAUGUUUUUUAAACACUAUUAUGCUUUAAAGUGAGUUCUAUAUACACGUUGAUUGAUUGUUUAUAACGCAGUUCAAUUUUAAUUUCUGUAAAAGUGAAUUUAGGAAGCAUCAAAAUGGUUCUAUGGGGUGUUUUCUAGAGGGAUAUCUUAUCUGACUCGACGAAU